UUACUUUUUUUGUUCCAGAAGCAAUGAGUUUCAGAGGACGUGGCGGAGGUGGCGGUAGAGGAUUCGGUGGUGGCGGCGGUGGACGCGGAGGCGGCUUCAGAGGUGGCAGAGGAGGACGAGGAGGGUUCGACCAGGGACCUCCUGAGAGAGUAGUUUCCCUCGGCAAACUAUCCCACACAUGUCAAGAAGAUCUUGUUCUUAAAUCUGGAAUCGCCGAUGUUCCGUAUUUCAACGCCCCCAUCUACUUGGAGAACAAACAACAAAUCGGCAAAAUUGACGAAAUUUUCGGAUCUAUUCGUGAAUAUCAUGUUUCUGUGAAACUCUCAGACAAUAUGAAAGCAAAUUCUUUUGCUAAGGACUCGGAAUUUUUCAUCGAUCCUGCUAAGUUACUUCCCCUCUCAAGAUUCCUCCCCCAGCCUCCAGGUGCUAAGAGGAUAGGCGGCGGACGAGGUGGAGGCCGAGGCGGAGGUCGUGGUGGCGGCCGUGGAGGUGCCGGAGGUUUCCGUGGUCGAGGCGGUGGCGCUGGUUUUGGAGGAGGACGUGGAGGCGGUGGAUUUCGAGGCGCACGAGGAGGUGGCGGAGGCGGAGGGUUCCGAGGAGGAGCAAGGGGCAGGUUCUGAGAUACAUUGCAUUCAUUAUUAUAUACGUUAUAAUUUUUUCAGA